AUGCAUUUGCAGGGGAGCUAUCUAUUUCUACUUUUUCUUGGGAUAGUUUCUGUGAUUACUGCAUCUUCAGAACAUGAACAUGCAAACACAACAAGGGCUACUUUUAAUGUCUUGGACUAUGGAGCUGUCAGUGGUGGCCAUAAAGACAAUGCACUGGCAUUCUGGGAGGCAUGGAAUGCAACAUGUAACUCAGAAGCUGAAAGAUCAACUCUAGUUAUUCCCAAACUGAGAUUUCUUGUAAAUCCAAUCACUUUCUAUGGUCCAUGCAAACCCCAAAGGAUUCAUUUUUUGAUAUUAGGUAAAAUUUUGGCACCAAAGUCACCUGAAGCAUGGAGGGACUUUGAUCCAGGUCAAUGGCUAGCUUUUCAUGGUGUUAAUGGACUCGAGCUUGCUGGCCCUGGUAGCAUCAAUGGAAGAGGAAGCGGCUGGUGGAAUCAGUCUUGCAGAUAUCAUCCCAAACUGGAGGGAUGCACUUCACUGGCUCCAACGGCUUUGAAGGUUCUAUCAUGCCAGAAUAGCUAUAUUAGAGACAUUCACUUUAUAAACAGCUCCCAAGCCCAUGUCACGAUACAGGGAUGUCAUGGAAUCAAGAUUGAAAAUCUUAAAAUUGAAGCUCCAGGAAAUAGUCCCAACACUAAUGGGAUUCACAUUCAUUCCUCUCGAAAUGUCAUCAUCAACAACACAAUCAUAGGCUCUGGUGAUGAUUGUAUAUCAAUUGGAGACCAUAUAUCCAAUAUAGUCAUCUCAUACAUCAAAUGCGGUCCUGGUCAUGGAAUAAGCAUUGGAAGCUUAGGGAAAUCCGGGAAUGUCGUUCAAGUAGAGAACAUUCAUGUCAGCAAUGUCACCCUCCUAGGAACUACGAACGGAGCUCGGAUAAAGACAUGGCAGGUCGGCAGGGGUAAUGUUCGAGGGGUCAGAUUCGAAGAUUUCUUCCUGGACUCUGUCAAGAACCCCAUCAUCAUCGAUCAAAACUACUGUAACGUUAGGGGUGCCUGCAAGGAACUGACAACUGGUGUUCAAAUAAGAGAUGUCUCCUUCAAAAACUUCUAUGGAACAUCGAGGACCAAUAUCUCCAUCAAUCUGAAUUGCACUCUCUCCGUUCCUUGCACUGGGAUAUUGUUGAAGUCGAUAUACCUUCGAUCUGCUAUACCCGGACAAAAUGUAACUUCUAGCUGCAAAAAUGCCUACGGCACUGCCUUUGGAGUAGUUCAGCCAAUUCCAUGUUUCCAAAUCUGA